AUGGCUAACAGUACGUCAACGUCAUCUUGCUUUCAUCUUCCUGAUCCAUCUUUUGACCGAGUUUCAGAGCGUUUCCUGGUAAAUCUUCUGACAGCCAUCAUAAAUAUCAUUUCCUUCCCUUUUGCCGUCAUCUUGAACCUUUUGAUUACCAUUGCCAUCUUUAAGAACACUCUACUUCGAACACCAUCAAAUCUCUUGAUAGGCUGCUUGGCUCUAUCGGAUAUUUUAGUCGGUCUCACAGUUCAACCAGGUUACAUCACCUUCAGACUUAUGGAAAAUCAGCAUCGAACAGUUCCGUGCUUCGUUCAAGUUAUGUACUCUAAUGCCUUCUACAUUUGUUGCGGAGUGUCUUUUAUGACUCUUACAGCUGUAAGCUACGAGCGAUUUGUGGCAGUCCGUCUU